UGAAAGACUUCAAAAAAUUUCGAGGUUUUCUUACAUUUCUUCAAGAUGAAAUUUGAUAUUAAAAAAUGUAAACAUAUCCUAUUCAUUUUGUUAGCGUUUCCAUAAAAAAUGUAUUUAAUAUUUAAUUAUUAAAGUAAUAAAUAUAAAUGAUAGCAUAUAUAUAUAAUAAAGUGAUUAAUGUUGAAGAUUAUGGGAUUUAUUAUGGGAAAAACGACUGAGCCAAAUUUAGAUCAUGCAAUUGCAGGAGCUGCUAGUGGAUUUAUAACGAGAUUUCUAUGUCAACCUUUAGAUGUUGUAAAGAUUAGAUUUCAAUUACAAGUUGAACCAAUUUCAAAAUAUCAUAUUAGCAAAUAUAGAUCUGUACCACAAGCUUUUUUAUUAAUCUUGAGAGAGGAAGGAAUUUCCGCUUUAUGGAAGGGCCAUGUACCUGCACAAUUAUUAUCGAUUACUUAUGGGAUGGCUCAGUUUUAUUCUUACAAUAUGUUUAAGAAAAUGAUACAAAGAGUAUCAAAAAUUGAGGAUUGGAAUCAUUCAAUGCAUUUUAUUGCUGGUGCUGGUGCUGGAUGCAUGGCAACUAUCGCUUCAUUUCCUUUUGAUACAGUAAGGACUAGAUUAGUAGCUCAGUCGAAUAAUCAUCAAGUGUAUAAUGGAAUGUUACAUUCUUGUAGUUCAAUUCUUCGACAAGAAUCGCCAAAAGUUUUUUUCUCUGGUCUAUUCCCGACUUUAUUGCAAAUUGCUCCACAUACUGGCUUGCAAUUUGCAUUCUAUGAAUUUUUCACAGAUUUCUAUAAAAGAUUUACUUCUGAUACCGAUACCAAUUUCUAUAAUUCUAUGCUAUCUGGUAGCGCCGCUGGAUUCAUUGCGAAAACAAUAGUCUAUCCGUUUGACCUUGCUAGAAAGAGGUUGCAGAUACAAGGUUUCCAACAUGGUCGUAAAGGAUUCGGCAAGUUCUUUCAAUGUAAUGGAUUAUUGGAUUGUUUGAGACUGACUAUAAAAGAAGAGGGAAUGCAAGGUCUUUUCAAAGGUCUAGUACCAAGUCAGAUAAAAGCUACCAUAACUUCAGCUCUGCAUUUUACCGUAUACGAACAAGUUUUAUUAUUGUUAAGAAUAUUGUAAUAUAACAGCGAGUUCAAACAAG